AUGUCAGAUUCGAAUGUUUUUUGCGAAGAACAAUCUAGCAAAGCUGAAAAUAUUUCAAUGGAAAAUCAGAAAUACUCAAAAAUAAUCAAAAAAAAGAAAAAUACGAUAAAUAUUGACGAUAUUCGCCGCCAAAGAAACGCAGCCAAUGAACGAGAACGACGGAGAAUGAAUAGUAUUAAUAAAGGAUUCGACAAACUUCGCUUAAGAUUACCCAAAAAUCAUAACGAUCGGAGGUUAAGUAAAGUGGAUACUCUUAAACAAGCAAUAAAAUAUAUACGACAAUUGACAGAAUUACUUCAACAAGAAGGAGUUUCACCUGCUUAUAUAACAACGAAAUUGCAAAAUGUUCAAGCGCCGAUGCUUCUCAUUAAAUCUUUCGAAGGCAUUGAAUGCCUUAUCUGUCAUUCUUGUGGAGUUGAAGAUGGUCCAUGCACAGGUGCCACUUGUAUUGCGCCAGUUAAUGGCUACUGCGGUUUCCAGGAAAUAUUAAAUGCUGAAGGUUACGCAAUAAGCCGACAGCAAAUAUGUCUAAAAACAAAUAUGGUCCGUUCUGGUGAAAUAUACGUAUCGCAGCUUAAGAAAUGCAUUGAAACGUAA